GCGGCGCAAGGGGCGGGACGCGCCGCCGCCGCCACCGCCUCUGCUUCCGCCGCCGCGGCCGCCGCCGCUGCAGCCGCUGCGCGUUCGGCGGGGGAGGAGUCGGAGGCGGAGAAGAAGGCGGUGGUGGCGGGUGGAGGAUCGAGCGCUGUUCUCGCUCUGGAGACGCUGCACAUCUCGGAAUCAUUUGCAGCUUAUUCACUGUGCAAGUAAAAAACCAAAUUACAUUCAUAAUUCUACUGAACUGGAAGCAUAGACGCUGCCAUAUAUGUCACAGUACACUGAAAAAGAACCAUCAGUAAUGGAUCAAGAAUCCAACAAGGCUGCUUGGCCUAAACCAGCAGGAGGAUAUCAGACUAUUACAGGCAGGAGAUACGGAAGAAGACAUGCGUAUGUCAGUUUUAAGCCAUGUAUGACCAGGCAUGAAAGAAGCUUGGGCCGGGCUGGUGAUGACUAUGAAGUUUUGGAACUAGAUGAUGUUCCAAAGGAAAACACCUCAGGUUCCAAUUCAUUGGAUCAAGUUCAUUCUUUACCCAGUGAACCUACAGUUGAAAAAAGUGAAACCGAAAUUCCUACUUGUGGUCCAGCACUGAAUCAAACCACUGAGAGCAGUCCAUCCGUUGCCACAAUAUGUCAUAGUGAGGAAGUCAGGGAGACCUUAGAAAGCAAUACGAAUCUUCAUAAUCACGCUGAGACAGAGUAUACUCCAGCAGUUUGUAAUGUCUCAAGUGUCCAGAAUGGAAUUGUGUUGGUUCAGACUGACUCUUAUGAUCCAGUCAGCAAGCAUGAUGAGAAUGACUCUCUUCAACUUUGUACCGAAGCUGUGGAAGGUGGUAGACAUCAGAAGGUAUUAGGCAAUUCAGUCUUUGAGCUGGAAAAUGGAGAGGCAGAGAUAUACGCUGAUCUGUCACCAUCAGUUCCCUCUCUCAACGGUGAAAUAAGUGAGGAGUUUGAAGAGCUAGAUUCAGCACCUUUAGAGAAAAAUUGUACUGGUGAUGCUGAGCUUGUCCAUCAGAAUGGGCAGGAAUUUCAGAGGUCUUCUGAAGAUGGCAUUGUUAGAAAGAGGCGACAAGAUGAUACUGAUCAGGGAAGACAGACAGAAAAUUCAGCGGAAGAUGCAGACUGUGUUCCAGGCCGUGUUGAACAAAAUGCUAGUGACAGAGCCAGCCACCAUGGAAGUUCUCCUGAACAGGUAGUAAGGCCCAAAGUUAGAAAAGUGAUAAGUUCAAGCCAGGUGGACCAAGAAAUCGGUUUUAAUAGGCAUGAGGCUAAACAAAGAAGUGUUCAGAGAUGGAGAGAGGCUUUGGAAGUUGAGGAAUGUAGUUCAGAUGACCCUAUAAUAAAGUGUGACGAUUAUGAUGGAGACCAUGACUGCAUGUACUUAACUCCAUCUUACUCGAGAGUUACACAGAGGGAAACAGAACGAGACCGUGUAGCAUCAGAACAUGGAGCUACAGCCUCAGGAAGGCGAGCAGCUCGGGAAAACGCCUUCUGGAAUGCCUGCGGAGAGUAUUACCAACUCUUUGACAAAGAUGAGGACAGUUCAGAGUGCAGUGAUGGGGAAUGGUCUGCUUCUCUGCCUCACCGAUUUUCUGGCACAGAAAAAGACCAGUCCUCAAGCGAUGAAAGCUGGGAAACUCUGCCAGGAAAAGAUGAGAAUGAACCUGAGCUACAGAGUGAUAGUAGUGGCCCUGAGGAAGAAAACCAAGAAUUGUCUCUUCAGGAGGGGGAACAGACAUCCUUGGAAGAGGGCGAGAUUCCCUGGUUACAGUACAAUGAGGUCAAUGAGAGCAGCAGUGAUGAAGGGAACGAGCCUGCCAAUGAGUUUGCACAGCCAGAAGCUUUCAUGUUGGAUGGCAACAACAACCUUGAGGACGACUCGAGCGUGAGUGAAGACCUGGACGUGGACUGGAGCCUGUUUGAUGGUUUUGCAGAUGGACUUGGAGUUGCUGAAGCUAUUUCUUAUGUGGAUCCUCAGUUCCUCACCUACAUGGCACUAGAAGAACGCUUAGCCCAGGCUAUGGAGACUGCGCUGGCACAUUUAGAGUCUCUUGCAGUAGAUGUUGAGGUGGCUAAUCCACCUGCCAGUAAGGAAAGCAUUGAUGGACUUCCAGAAACUCUUGUUCUAGAAGAUCAUACUGCCAUUGGUCAGGAGCAGUGCUGCCCCAUCUGCUGCAGUGAGUACAUCAAGGAUGACAUCGCCACAGAGCUGCCUUGCCACCACUUCUUUCAUAAGCCUUGUGUCUCCAUUUGGCUACAGAAGUCUGGAACAUGCCCUGUGUGCCGCCGUCACUUCCCACCUGCAGUUAUUGAUGCGUCUGCAGCUGCUUCCUCUGACCCUGACCCUGAUGUCUCACCUGCAAAUGACAAUGCUGAAGAAGCCCCGUAAACCAUCACAUGGAAGUGAGAUGGAAAUUCUAUCACAGUAAAUCUGCAAAUUCCUUCUAAAUCUGAUGUGCAAAUAAUUAUAUAUAAAUAUAUUUAAAAUGCUCUAUAUAGUAUAUGCCAUAGUUUAGAAAGAGAAUAUUAACCUUUCUAAACUGAACUUAGAUUUGCAGAACAUACUAAACAUUUUCAAGCUGAAUGUUGAAGCAGUGCAACCAUUCUCUUUAGUUGAACAUGGUGUUCAUUGUAACGUCAGUAGUCAUCUCUGUGGCAUACGUUUCUGUUUUGUCUAAACUGCUGCCACUAAGAGAUCAUAAUUAAGCUCUCCUUUCCACAUCAGAUGUGAAACUGUGAUCACAACAGUAGUACAAUUUGGUUUCAUUGAAAAUAAACGGAAUUCUAAAGCAUGCUUUUUCACUGGUCCCUUUGCUUUUGCUACAUCGAAACCUCUUGGUUUAUAAAAAUACUGAGAAGGUUAAGAUUAAAGCUUUUCAGAAUGCCAAACAAAGACUAAAAUUUUGACCAGAAUACAAAAAAAAAAAAUACAUCUUAGAUGUAAACCUCCUGAAAUGGUUGUGUAAUAAAAUAUUCAGUGAACACUGGAUGUGUUUAAAGGCUAGUAAAGCAUGUGAAUAAUUUGAUGUGCUUCAUGCUUGGCACAGUUUCAUGUGUUUGGCCUUAUAAAACACUAUCUAAGCCCUUAUCUAGUCUGCUUCUACUUGUUAAAUACUUGAAGGUCCAGAACACUCAUUUGUUUAAGAAGUUGGAUGUAGUUAGCUUAAGGUAGUUUGGGUUCUACUUUAGAAGGUCUGAAGAUUUGCACAUGGUCAUGUUUGUAACUAUAUCACCCCAAAUAAGAAUUGCACAGCUUUUAGGUGAUCACAUGAGUAGGCAAGUCUAUACAGACAUGGGUGUAAUAGGUAGCUUACAGGUAAGACCUGAUGUCAGCACUGGGGAACAAUGGCUUAGAAGGUACAGUGCUGGAGCACAGAGCGAGUGCACAUCCACCUGGUCCUCCGCUCAUCUAGUUUUGAGAAUAUUUAUAUAGCUUCCGAAAUGCAGUUUCAUUGAAUUUGUGUAAUAUCUCUGAGUAUCUAUAUUCUUUCUUUUUUUUCCAGUCUUAAAAAUAAAUGAAACUUCACUGUUGGCACAUUUGAGGCUUAAAUAUAAGAAACAUAACACUUGCAUUCUGAUUUUUGCAUAUAUUGUAAAUGUGGCUGGUAUUUACAGCAAAUACUGUGUAUCCUUUUAUGGGUAAAACAGAAGUGAACAUUGCAUGCAAGUGAUGUGGUGAACUUGUAAUUUAGGGGUUUUCUGGGGCUUCUGUGACUUUGAAUGCUUGAAUUCAGGCCUUAAUGUUGCUCUAGCUAGCAUGUUUCCUUCUGAUGUAUAUAGUCAACGUUGUAUAAACUAACCUUUGCUUGUUUUUACUCUGUGAUCUUUCCAUACCAUAUUUCAUUGAUGAUCAGUUAGUAUCAGAAGUCAUACCAGAUUAACAUUAGUUCCUGUGUGUAUACUGUGGAAAUUUGUGAAUUGUGUGGUUUAUUUGCUUGUUUUUUUUUUUAAUGUACUGUUUAUUAGUUUUGGCACUUACUGAUUAAACUUAUAUUGCUGCAGAUUGCUGUGUAACAAGCCACGUGUUAUGUUUAGUCAGUAUUACGGGACCUUGGUUUUAUUCUUCUAGAUAGCAGCUGUCCCAAAGAAAAUAUUUCUUCUUUGCCUAUUAAGAUUUAGCUAUUAUCUGCCAGUUGUUAAGGGGUUUGGUUCCAAACUCAACCAGAGAGUUGAACGUAAGAAAGCUGUUGUACUUUUUGCUUCCCAUCUGUUCCGUCCUUCAUUGUUGGCUCCUUACUCCACAUACACAGCUGCUGUGGAGGAGAACACUGAAUGAGACUUGUUUUAAUGGUUUUAAAAAGGAAAAUGAAGUUUUACGACUUUCAUGGUAACAAACCUGACAAGUUCAGACCCCAAUAUAUUAUUUGAUCUUAUUUUGGAUCUUUUUGAAAACUUAAGAAUAUCUGAAGGUAAAUUAGAAAUAGUAAAAAUAUUGAUAAAAUUAUCAUUUAUCUUAUUUCUCUAUUUUAUGUUGUUACUUGGCCUAUUAAUUUUAAUAUUUUGAACAUUUUCUUAUUUCUUGUAAUAUGAAUGCUGAUAUUUAAAGUUUGACUCAUGUUGGUUUCUUUUGUGUUUCUUAGUUGUUAUCUCUAAGCUAACUAACUUUUAAGAUUAUUUGUGAUAUGGAUUUAUAUAUAAGCUGUUAAAUAUAUAUGAGCUGUUAAAAUGGAAUGCAAGGUUUUCAAAAGCCCAGGUCUAACUGUAAUGAUUGGUUUAUUGUUCUACAAUCCCAGCCCGGCAUUUUCCGUGUAAAUCAUAAACAAUAAACAGGAUAUACUCGGUGUUCAUUUCUAA